GAUCACUAUCGACGGCGUUUACAAGGUCGAUGUCAGCUCGAGGUGAUACUGAGGUGUUCUGGGAACCGCACUUUUCCUGUUACUUCUUCGGUCCCGAAGGGGCGGAGAGGAUUGCUGAAUUGCCAUUUGAUGGUACUGAGAUGACCAACGACAAAUAUACGUAUAGCUACCUCAAGGAGCUACUGCGAGCUGAAUACCCUGGGUCAAAGAUCCUGUUUGUGAAGGAUAUGGUAGAAAGUAUAAAGAACGAUUUCGACGUCGUCGACCGCGGUUAUAAACAAUCCUUUAUCAUCCGCCAUCCUCGUAAAACAUUUCGCUCCUUGUACCGUAGCAAUGAGGCGCGAAAAGGGACCCGUGACUCCGUCACAAUGAUUCAAAGACUCAGGGACAUGUAUCACAUCUUGGAGCGCUUCUACCGUUACGUUGAAGCCGAGUUCGACCAGGGAUCCCCUCCUAUCAUCGACGCCGACGACCUCGUCAAUCACCCGGGGAAGCUGCUCCCGAAAUACUGCGAAGCCAUGGGCAUCGAGUACACACCCAAGAUGCUGGAAUGGGAGAGCGUUGAUGCCGAACAGCUUACCUGGCACUGCACCGACAUAGGGAUCUUUACAAAAGCUGAGACGAGAAAUAGUUUGAUAUUAUCAAAUGCAAUGAAAGGACAAGGUUUUGGCAAGGCUCCCGAUCUUACUAAAGAUAUCGAACUGCCAGCGGCCGUCGAAGCGAUGAUAAGCUAUGCUCUACCAGUCUACGAGAAAUUAAAUGAACUUCGCAUUCAGCCUUAGGGCACAUGUCACAGUUGUAUUUCCCAGGAGGAAAAAAAAGUUCCCGUCGAAACCAUAAUCGGCUUUAAUGAUCGUGAGUUCCAGUCACGGUGGACAAAACUAAGUUAAGACAUGUGCGAAUACAAUAAAGGACAUGAUUAUAGAAGAACUUUGGACUUUUUUUCAAAAGAAAAAACAAUGGACUUAAAAAACAUCGUUGAGGAACACCAAUGAAAGGUAUUACUAUUACUAUUCAGAAUUUAAUGUAUCCCGUCACUGAAGUAAUCGUUGAACCACUCUAGGCCUUUUCUCGGCUUUCAUAAUCAUUACAAGUAACUGAAUGAAUAUGAUUUAUUGUCAGUUAAUAUUCGAAAGAAACCCAGGGUGGGGAGGACGUUAAUUACCUAAAUGUAAGAAGGGGUGUGAUAUUAGCUUACGAGUAGACACGCAAUAGCAACUCCUUUUUUCACCUUUGAAGAUGAAUUACCAAUUUACUAAUUUAAACCAUUCAUUCAUAUACAGUUUUAAUUCCUCUUUUGUUCAAAAUUAUAACUCAUAAGUGGAACCAUUACUGGACUUCGAAUGAACUCGUCUCUAUCCUCUAUUUUGCAUCUUUCGAAUCAAUUGGAUCAUUUUAAUCCAAUUAUCUAACGAAGUUCAACAUUGAGAUUGUUGUAAACAAACGUACUCGGUCUGGCAGACAGACUAAGGCAGGCGCGUACA